AUGGUCACAAUGGAGAGCCAACCACUGACAGCCCGCCGGCUGAGUUGGGCUGACCAGAAUGCGGCGCCGUUGGCCUCUACCAUACCACAGGCCCCCGAGCCCCCACCAAUCGGUGAAGAAGAUGACGACGACAUCGACAGGCCGGGUGUCAGGACACUCGAAAUGGGCGUCCUUCUACAAGGGUACGCUUACAGGUCGUCUGUAGAGCUUCCCUCCAAUGGCCAGCUUGUUGAGGUUGUUGGACCUUUACCAGAGGGCGUUGACAUUUUGGUUAAGGAUGAAGGCAGCCCCGAGCAUCCUGCGGCGCUGUGGAUAGAGGCAGAGCUGAAAGAUCUCGGCGUCUUCUACCAUGGCCUUCUUGUCAGAAUUGCCGGCGGUGAGUUCGCAGAAGUUGUGGUCAACCUCAAGGCAUGUGUCAUGGGCCCCAGAGAAGGGCGACUAUCGAGGAUUCACCACAACGUCGAGUUGAUAAGGGCGUUGGCACCCGAGGAUGUCCAUGGCAGCACCGAGGGCAGCGUUUUCAGAAAAGCUGCGCAGCUUAUGGAGGCAGAUGACGAAGAUGAUGGCUAA